AAGAAAAAAAUUAAAACGAAAAAUAAAUGCUAGCGGUGGAUAAAGACACCGAGUUCCGUUUAAGGGUAAGAAAAACAUCAACAUAGACAACAUCGUAAAGGAUUUGUCGUUCUUUUCCCAUUAAUCCUAUUCUCACUUCUCUACCAACCAACAAACAAACAAACAAAUAUUCUUCUUUCUCAAUUUACCCAUUUCCUUUAUUACUACUUUCCUCUUUACAAUCCCAAAUAAGGUCAGCAACUAUUCCAGUCCCCAAUUUCAUACCAAAAGGGUAAACAAGAUAUGGGAGUUUUUGACUUAGAGAAGCAGUUUGCAUUCUAUGGUGCAUACCAUAGUAACCCAAUCAAUAUCUUCAUUCACAUGAUCUUUGUCUGGCCUAUCUUCUUCACUACUCUCAUCCUUUUCGAUUUUACGCCCCCACUUUUUAAUUUACCUCCGAUUCAGCUCUGUGAGCAUGCUUCUUUGGUUCUUAAUUAUGGAUUCUUGUUUGCUUUGAUUUAUGGAGUGUUCUACGUGUGUUUGGACAAGAAAGCUGGGUCUUUGGCUGCUUUGUUAUGUUUAGUUUGUUGGGUUUCUAGUGGUGUGGUUGCUCGUCAAUUGGGGUUCUCUCUUGCCUGGAAGGUUGUUCUAGCGGCUCAAUUGUUCUGCUGGACUGGACAGUUUAUAGGUCACGGAGUGUUUGAGAAGCGAGCACCUGCUCUUCUGGACAAUCUUACACAAGCUUUCCUUAUGGCACCAUUCUUUGUACUCCUCGAGGCCCUCCAAUCUCUUUUUGGCUAUGAACCAUACCCUGGGUUUCAUUCAAAAGUGAAAGCAACAAUAGAUGCUGAAAUCAAAGAAUGGCAGGAGAAGAAACAGAAAAAAAUUUCAUAAGUUUGUUAUGUGAUAUUGUAACCUAUUCUAAUUUUAUCUGUAAAUGAAACAGAGUUGGUUUGCAUAUGAACAGCUUAUGUAAACGUUUUGUGUUUUUAUAUGUACUCCAUACAAUCAAAGACCUGGUUCUGUCUA